AUGGACGAACAAAAAUGGUCUAAUGGCGAAUACUCUCGACAAGGAUUUCAAUCUACGGGCCGUUACAAUAAAAACAAAUCAUCAUACAAUAAUCAUAAGAAAGACGCCGAUCAUCAUUCUUCUCAGAUAGAUAACGAUUUUUCCUCAAACACAAAUACAAAGUCAAAUUCAUAUACCUCAAACAAGUUCAACUCCAAUACCAAUUUUCCCCAAAGUGCCAGCCACGAAAGCGACCGGCUUCAUACUACCAACAAACCUGGCCGUGAUAACAAUUUUCAAGGUCACAAGUCCAACAAUUUUCAGUCAAAGCAUCACGGCACUUGGCGGGGUGGAUUCCAUGGAAACAAUAACCGUCGUGGUGGUGGCCGGAGACCGAGCUUUAAUGACGGGGGGAAUAGCCACUUUAAUGAUUCUCGGCCAUAUUAUAACAACACCAAUAACAAUAAUAAUGGCAAUGAUUUCAACAGGAAGCGGCCAUUUUAUAAAAAUAAAAACUCGGAUGGUGGUGCAUCUUCUGGACAGUUCCCUCAACGGCCAAAUUCUCAAUUUUCGAAAAAUAAAUGGAAACGAAGAAACGAAUACAAUACAUUUGCAGAAAAUGAUACCAAGAAUUCAUUCCCUCGGCGACAACAAAGCAACGAACCUAAGGAAACUGAGGACGAGCCCAAGGCUAAAAAUUCUACCAGUGAAGUUAAUGAGGACAAAACGACGCGAUUACCCUCUUUGGGGUCGUCUCGAGUUCAUGCUCUGCCGUUAUUUCGACUAGAAGAACCAGCAACCCCUCUUUUCGACUUUAGCUCUGCCGAUGAGGAUACAGAGCAAACCACCAAAAAGUCUCCACGAAAAAGUUUUUCAGAUCAAAGCAAAAAGAAGGCUGAUAAAAAGCUCGCGUCACGGAUCUAUGGUGAAGAUGAUGAGCCUUACUGGGAAGCUAAUGCGCCACCACCAAGGAAAAACAAGUAUUGGUCCAAAUUUAAAUCUCGAGAUGAUGCCCCUCAGUAUGAAAGUGAAUCUGAGUCAGAUUAUGCUGAUUCCAUUUACGAGGCCGAGCCCAAGCUUCCAGGUCCUACAGGGCCUCCUGAGGCAGACUUGGAGGAAACACAUGAUGACAUUUAUUACCUUGACGAAGAGGAAACUGAAGAAGAUCAAUUAAAGGCCUUGAACCGUGAAAAGUUAGAGCUAGAAGAUCCACCUCAGCGCCAGACCUUUUUAGGGGAUAUAUCUACCCAACGUCAUGUUUUUACAGAACAAAGUGUUCGAGUGCUUAUGAAAUUAAUUCUUGAGUAUGAUCCUUUUAAUAAUGCAAACUGGAAGACUGUGCAGCGCAUGUAUUCCUGGUGGGCAUACAACUACAUGUCUACUGAUCGACAAUUCCCUGACGAGCAUCUUUUAAUUUCUCAUGUUAACCAUGUUUUUCGCGAGUUUGAAAACUACAAAAGAAUGGUUGAGAAGAAUGGUGAGGAUCUGGUCGAUACUUUGCCAAUGAAUUAUACGCGUCUGACAGUCGGGUAUAUUGAAAAAGUUUACAAUCUGAAACGCAAGAAAAAGUCAUUUGAAGAUGAUGGCCUUUUGCCUCAACAAAAGGAAGAAGAUUUUAACAGUCAACCAGCAUCCCCCUUUUUGAAAGAAGAAGAGAAUCAAGACGUUUGCUUGGAGUUGAGUCCACAGCCUGAGGCUGUUUCAUACAAUAUGGAACCUACAUCUUCUUUGCAGUUUGACUAUGAAAAGGGGUCUGUGGUUGUUUCACAAAACUACAAAACUGUUGAUGAUGAUGAUGAUGAUAAUAAUAAUAAUAAUAGUUUUGAGAUUGCGCGCCGAAACUACGAAGUAGCUCGCAGAGAUUACCAAGAAGCACUUCAGGAUUUUAGUCGGAGAGACUCAGAUAGUAACCAUGGAUCACCUGUAAGCGCCUUUGUUGCGAGUCCUGGUGAAUUGAAAUCUAUUGCCGGCCGUCGUCAAAGUCCAGCAAGUUCAGCAAGUCCAGAUGAGUCUGGCAGUAACCAGGGGGUUUCUAGUCGCCAUGAUAGUCCAGCUUGUAGCCAUGGAAAGCCUGAAGAAAAUGCACAAUCUGAUGAAGCUGAAUUUACGCAAGUUGACUUGCCUCAUAAAAGCUUGGAAAGCCCACCAAAACCAGCUGGCUUGGAAAACAAGCAAUCCCCCCUAGAUCUUUUAACUAAAUCACCAGUAUUAGAAUCUGCAAACCAGCCAUUGUCCAAAUCCACGACAAGUCCUAAACUGACCAAUUUUUUUUCAAAGUCGCGUGCAAAAAUCAAAGCCUUGACUCCUUCUUUUAAACAAGAAUCAUUGCCUGAGCACAAGGCACGACAGCCCUCUUUAUCUCUAUCACCUUCCCCCCCUCCAAAAUCUUCAGCAGUUUUCAGGGAGGGGACUCCAUCGCCGCCCAAGAGACAACAAUCGAUUAGUCCACCCAAGUUCAGUGUGCCACUAUUCCGGAACCCGACUCCUCCUCCUACCAUUAAUACCUGUUUACCGGAAAGCCGGGAGGGCACGCAGCUACCCACUCCGACGGCGGACGAUUUCCGCAAGGGUAGUAGUUCAGCCAAGUCGAUGUUAAUGAUGAUGAAGCGUCAGCGGCAGUCGAGAUAUAGUGAGGAUGAGCGCAAGCCAAUAGCACCUGAAGCCAAUGGUAUUUUGGAUAGCACAGUGCAGCAUGAAACAAUUGACACGGACUAUGAUUUAUUCCGGCGCGCGGCUACCCGUGGGUCUUUGGAGAGCAUGACACGAGCCAAAAGGGAUGAUGGUGAUAGUUAUGAUGCAAAUCAUAAGGCGAUUGCAGCACCUGUUUCUACGUUACGAGUUUCUCCGACUCCAUCAUAUGAGAACCGGAUCAGUGAUUCGGAGGAGGAGUAUGAUAGUACGAAGGGGUCUGUUUAUUUACGCGAAAAGAGUCUUGAGAUUCCAUUUGAUGAGCCGUCACAGUACCAGCAUAGUGAUGAGAAGAUGGGAUCUAGACAAGUAUCAGAUAAUGAGAUGGUGAGCGACUCUGAGGCAUCUGAGGAUGUUUUAAUUAAAGAGGAAUCACUGAGUGAGGGACCGGAGGAGGAGGAGGAGGAGGAGGAGGAGGAUGAAGAGGAUGAAGAGGAAGAAAAUGAGGAGGGAGAAAAUGAGGAGGGGCCGAUAGAUGAACAUGUUUCAGAGGUCAACAUUAAGGGAGAGCCACAGAGCGACUCUGGUUAUAUUAAGAAGGAGGGUGAUAUUGGGGGUAAAGUUGAAGAUGAAGAAGAAGAAGAAGAAGAAGAAGAAGAAGAAGAAGAAGAAGAAGAAGAAGAAGAAGAAGAAGAAGAUGAUGAUGACGGAGAAGAAGAAGAAGAAGAAGAAGAAGAUGAUGAUGAAGGUGAAGAGGUAAGUGGUGAUGAAUCUGUUAUGGAAGAAGAGAGUUCUGAAGGAGAAGAGAUGUAUGAUGAAGUAUUAGAAAGCAGGACAAGGAAAACGAGGAGAAAGAAGAGUCCAAGUGAACGAAAGGUAAAAGUCAAAGUAAAGACAAAGGCAAAGGCAAAGGCAAAGGCAAAAGCAGAGGCCAAGGCCAAGGCCAUUCAGAAACGGCGGCAUAGACGCGAGAGUAGCACUGAGGAAUCUGAGAGUUCUGAGGAAGAAAUACACAGGAACAGAGUGAAGCGAGCUCGGUACGGGUUGUCGAGUCCGUUGUGGUCGUCGACGUCUUCGUUACAACCAGGAGAACAGGAGAGGCAGUUAUUUUCAGCACAUGGGAAGCCGGAGAUGUAUGGGCUUUUGAGACAGUUGAUGGGGGAUCUACAGCAUACGCUUUCACGGACGCAGCGGGACUCUGCGGCUGCGCAGCGGCAGUGGAGUCGGAGCAGUCGAGAGGCGAACCGAUGUAUUCAGCAGCUUGUUGAAGAUUUUGGGAAGCAAAAUCGGGCGAAGGAUGUGCAAAUCCAGGAGAUGGUACGGCAAUCUUUUGAAAGUAAUCAACGGGUACUUGCACUUUGCGAGGGGGUUGUGAAACGAAUGGAGCCGCGUACCGGGUGA